AUGCUCGCCACCGCCGCUGCGGGGUCGGCGGGGCCAGUGAGGGCCAUCAGCGGCCGUGCGACUGAGAAUGGCCCAGCAGGUAGCUCCACUUCGUCUGCGGAAGUAGCAGACGGCGCGGCGUACCGUGAGCGCCUCAUUCAGGAGAUAUUGUCGCGUGAUAAGGAGAUAUUUGAGCUGAAGCGGCAGCAUGAGCUUUCUAUGCUGCGGGUGGAGCAAAAUCAGCGCCGUGUUUUGAAAGACCAGGAGGACCGUGGCAUGUACUAUGAACAGAACUGUAACGUGCAUACCUUUGACACCGUCUCUGUUGGUCUUUACACGCAAAGGAACACCCUCUACCACACCAUGAGUGUCGAGCGGCUGCGAAAUGUGAAGCUGCUUCUGACGCUCCUCGUGACGCUUUUGACGUGCUUCUAUCUUUACUACCGUUAUAUGAUUAACCCUGAUUGGGUCUACGUGGAAAAGCCAUUGAAACUGAUUGGGAGUCGAGUUGGGGCAUUGAAUGAUAUUCGAGCGCACUGGAGCGAACAGGGGGAGGAAAGGAUGACGACGCAGUCAAAGCUGCGCGAGUAG